UUAAAUUGAUAUUAAAUAUUUUCAGGACGGAUCUUCGGAAUAACCGUCGUUUCUCCACGGGAAAUGAAAAGAGCAAAGAACUGGGAAGGUUUUUUCUACCCCUUCAUGAAUUUAAUAUAUUACGAUUGUCCGCCAAAAUUUCUAUCAGAAUCGUAAUUUCCUUUGUAUCAAACACAAAAAUACUACUAAAAAAGUGGGGUGGCUUUCGAAUUAACUCUCAGUAAUAAAAUAGAAUUUCUCAGAGAUUUCUUUCCGUUAUUUUUCGAGUAUUUUCACCAUUUUAUAGAAUCUCACUUCGUAAAACAGAUAUCAAUCACCUUGCAAAAAAAGUAAAAAGAAAAAAAUAUUCAGUAUCUUUGCUUUUUUGAAAUUUCUCAGUCUCUUUGUCCCUCUCUCAAUUACACUUUCGGCAAAGCUGCCACGAUUCACAUGAAUUAAUUUUCUUUCCAAUUUCCCGUCUGUUCUGAAAUAUUUAGAAUUCACAUUAGAAAUAAGAUAAAGUAAUAAACAAAAACUACCAACUUCACUUCACACUUCAUCGCACCUUUCACGAUCUAUCGUAUAUACUAGAGUAAAAGUCGAUCCCCUAUUUUUCGGCCCAUUUAUAUUUUUUCCUUAGACUCCGUAUAAAAGCUGACCCUAGUAUUUCAUGAAUAAUAUUUGUGGGUCAAGCUACUCUAUUAUCCUGUACGUAGAGAUAACUGUUACAAAAUUAUGUGGCUACCUUACUGUUAGCCUAUUCUGUAGGUGGAAUGCUUGGUGCACCAUCUAAUAGCGUGCACUACACAUUUGUUGAUGGGUGAUACAUCCCAUUGCAAAAAUGUAUGCACAGGAUAUGCGGCAAGCCUGCAUACAUCUUCAAGUACAAUAAACACAUACAUCAAGCCUAAAAACAUACAAGUAAUCGCUAGAUCAAUGGUUCCCAUCUGACCUUUUUACUUUCCUCAUCAAAUACAAUAAACACAUGCGUCAUCCGCUCGUCUGUUUACAUGGUGAGAAACAUCUUUCACAGACAGCACUAUCGGCCAACAACAGCAAACACCACAGAUUGACUUCGUAGACUGGCAUGACUUCGAAUCAGAGCUGAAACUGGCAGAAACAUUUUUGUUUAUUAUACAACAGAAACAUCAUCAAUAUUUAUCAUCUUUUAAGGAGAAAAGAUGUUAUACUGAACAAAUAUAACCAUUUACAUAUAAAUUUAAUGAAUUAUGUUGAAAGAUUUCCUCUGGGUAAGAUUAUUAAGCAACAUUUGUGUGUGUCAUUCUCUGGAAUGAGUCCAAUACAAUUCUGCAUUUUAAAUAUAUUCAGGUAGAUUUAUGAAGCACUUUGCAUCCAGAUGAUGGACAUAUAGCAGAAGGAAUAUUUGUUAGAAAUAAAUUAUAGAAAGGAAAGCAGCAAACAUAUAUAUUGUGGUGAGAGAAGAAAAAUUAUUCAAUGAAAUAAAUGACUGUUAUUUUUUUCGUUCUAAAAAGAUGGCAAAGAACUUAGCAAAGUCUUCAUAUGAAUGUGUUAUCUGUAACAAGUCAUUAACUUCAAGAAGUAAUUUAACUGCUCAUAUACGUAUUCAUACGGGAGAGAAACCAUAUCACUGUGAUUUUUGUGGUAAAAGGUUCACUAGAAAAGGUGAAUUACCUGUUCAUGUGCGUGUUCAUACAGGAGAGAAACCAUAUCAGUGUGAUAUCUGUGGUCAGUCAUUCAUGCGUAAAGAUAUUUUAACUACACACAGACGUAUUCAUACAGGAGAGAAACCAUAUCAGUGUGAUAUGUGCACUAAAGCAUUCGCUAAAAGUACUAACUUAACUGAUCACAAACGCAUUCAUACUGGAGAAAAACCAUAUCAUUGUGAUAUCUGUGGUAAAUCAUUCAAUCAAAAUAACCAGUUAAUUAAACACAUACGCAUUCAUACAGGAGAAAAACCCUAUCACUGUGAUGUCUGUGACAAAUCAUUCUCUCGAAACGAUGAGUUAACUACACACAAACAUAUUCAUACAGGAGAGAAACCAUAUUGGUGUGAUAUCUGUGGUAAGUCGUUCCCUGUAAAUAAUGCUUUGACUGUACACAAACGUAUUCAUACUGGAGAAAAACGAUAUCAUUGUGAUAUUUGUGGCAAAGCAUUUCUUAAAAGUCGUGAUUUAGAGGAUCAUAAAAGCAUUCAUACUGGAGGAAAACUAUAUCAUUGUGAUAUUUGUGGUAAAGCGUUUACACAUAGACCUGCUGUAACUGUACACAUGCGCAUUCAUACAAGAGAAAAACCAUAUCAUUGUGAUAUUUGUGGCACAUCAUUCUCUCAACUUACUGCUGUAAAUGCACAUAAACGUGUUCAUACUGGAGAAAAGCCAUAUCAUUGUGAAAUCUGUGGUAAAUCAUUUAUUCAGAGUAACGAUUUAAAGGGACAUGUACGUAUUCAUACUGGGGAAAAGCCAUUUCAUUGUGAUAUCUGUGGUAAAUCAUUUUCUCAAAGUACUGCUGUAACUGUACACAAACGUGUUCAUACCAGAGAAACGCCAUAUCAUUGUGAUAUCUGUGGUAAAUCAUUCUCAUACAGUAACCUAUUGAAUAAGCACAAAUGUAUUCAUAUGGGAGAAAAUUCAUAUCCGUGUAAUAUCUGUGGUAAAUCAUUCUCUCAACAGGAUGAUUUAGCUAUUCAUGUCUGUAUUCUUCCAUGAGAGAACCAUUGAAAAAUCU